AUGUCAAUAAAUCACACCCCCUCAGCGCAGGGGAACCCCUACGAUCACAACGGCGAGUAUGACGUCGCAAUGGAGGAUGCUGAUCCAUACAAUCGCGCAAAAUACCUGCCCCGACCAGCACAUGCUCACCGGCUUUCGGCGCAAUUCAUUGGCGAGGGCUCGUCUGCGGCUCAGCGUUACUCCCCAAUGAAUGUCGCACCGUCGAGCGCACAUGCGUCUAGUCCGCAGUCUGCUAUGCAGAUGAGCUUUCAGCAGACAGGCCCGCCGUCCUCACGGCAAUCCCCUACUCGCUCGCUCCAUUACGCAGCCGAUAGGUAUCCGGCCGAGCCCCCGACACCGACACGAUACACUCAGAACAGCUACCUAGCGAAUAUGGAGAAUGCGAAUCUGAGCCCUGACUCCUACUAUCCACCGUCGGCCUCUCAGCUGCCCACGCCAGGAGGAUCAAAUGCGAGACCUGGUCCCCCAUCCAGACAACCUUCGCAAAGGUCAGCCGGGCCUGUUCCUCGAUUCCAUAGGGUCAAGACUGCACAAGACCUGCGACAGAAGAUCAACUCGCAGCCUCCAUAUCGACGCGCGAACCCAGAAGGUGGCUUCAUCAGUCCUCUGCAGGCUCUCACGACCCAUCUUCCGGCCACCUAUCGCAUUUGCAACCCAAAUUUCAAGUACGAGUCUUCAAGAAACCCUCGUCGGGUUCUAACCAAGCCAAGCAAGGGCACAAAGAACGAUGGCUAUGAUAACGAGGACAGCGAUUACAUUUUGUACGUCAAUGACAUAUUGGGUAGCGAAGAAGCUGGCCACAAGAACCGCUACCUGAUACUUGACGUUCUGGGCCAAGGUACCUUUGGACAGGUCGUCAAAUGCCAGAACCUCAAAACUCAAGAAGUUGUCGCCGUCAAGGUCAUCAAAAACCGCACGGCAUACUUCAACCAGAGCAUGAUGGAAGUCUCUGUACUUGACCUAUUGAACUCGAAAUUGGACAAGAAUGAUGACCACCAUCUACUACGGCUCAAAGAUACUUUUAUUCACCGCCAGCACUUGUGCUUGGUGUUCGAGCUUCUCAGUGUCAAUCUGUACGAGCUCAUCAAGCAGAAUCAGUUCCGCGGCCUGAGUACGACUCUCGUACGUGUCUUUGCACAACAACUUCUCAACGGCCUGACUCUUCUCAACAAAGCAAGAUUGAUCCAUUGUGAUCUGAAGCCAGAAAACAUUUUGCUGAAGAAUCUGGAGAGUCCCAUCAUUAAGAUCAUCGAUUUUGGUUCCGCCUGCGAUGAGCGACAGACCGUGUAUACCUACAUUCAAUCUCGAUUCUAUCGUUCACCAGAAGUCCUGUUAGGUCUACCUUAUUCAUCAGCCAUUGACAUGUGGUCGUUGGGAUGUAUUGUUGUCGAGCUGUUCUUGGGUCUGCCGUUAUUCCCUGGCUCAUCGGAGUACAAUCAAGUGUCUCGAAUCACAGAGAUGCUGGGGAUGCCCCCGAUGUGGAUGCUGGAAAUGGGUAAACAGUCCGGUGAGUUCUUUGAGAAAACAAGCGACGAAUUCGGUCGUCGGUCGUACAGACUGAAGAGCAUGGAACAAUAUUCGAGGGAACACAACUCCAAGGAACAGCCCAGCAAAAAGUACUUUCAGGCAACAACUCUACCUGAGAUCAUUCGGAGUUACAGCAUGCCUCGGAAAAACAUGAAGCAAGCAGAGGUUGAACGAGAAAUGAAUAACCGCGUCGCCUUUAUCGACUUCGUCAGGGGCUUACUUACAACCAAUCCGCUUGAGAGAUGGUCACCUCAACAGGCAAAGCUACACCCCUUCAUCACUCAGCAGAAGUUUGAUCCGUCCCGCCCAUUCGUUCCUCCGAUGAACCUCAAGUCACCUUCAAACAAGCCUCCGGCACCGGGUGUUCAGCAACAGCUGAACGCGGAAGCAAUGAGCAAGCAGCGAGCCGCCCAAGCUGCACAGGUCCAGGCACAAGCUCAAAGCGCCGCGCAGUCCGCUUAUGCGAUGCAAAGCAGUCAGUACGGCCAUAUUCCCCAGGCACAGGCUCCUCCAGCGUACAACAACAUGUAUCCGGCGCAUCAGCUACCCGCACCACCUCCAUACCCAACACAUGGUGCUGGGUACGCUCCUCAAAUGGGACAGAUGACCCAGCAACCCGCUCAGAUGGCACCUGCACUCUACGGUCACCAACAUACUCUAUACCAGCAAGCUACCCAGAGAGCCGGACGUCAGAGAGCAUCAACUAUGGACCAGCAGCAAGGCGGCAUUCCUGCGGCAAUACAACGGGUAGCCAGCCACCUGGACCCCAGCCAGCCCAUUCGCUUGCAGCCUAGUCCGGCAUACUAUCCUCCGCCGCCCGAUGGUUAUGUUGAUUCGUCCGCAAACGCACGCAGACGUGGCAGCCGCAAUCAACGCAAUCGUGACUUUAUCAGAACGCUAGAAGACGGAGCUAUGGGACAAACACAAUGGCACUAA